CCCUGAGCCUUUUGUGUUGGCAGAAAGGAAAGAGUGGCGGCUGCUCCCUGAGCUGGGGUGUUGGGGGGUAUCUGACUUCACAAAAGCAGCGCCGGGAGUCGGCGGGCUGGCGUGGGUGGAACCGAGUGCGGAGGCUGCGCGUGAGGCCAUGGGCUGCUGCCAAGGCAAGGACUUUAAGACUUCGGAUGAGCAGGCCAAGGAGGCCGGGUCAGAGGAAGUUCAGGAAGGUGGGACCGGAGAUACAAGGGUGCCCAGGGAGCCGGGAGUGCGGGAUGGACCACCCGGAGGUUGGACUGGGGAGGGUAGAGCUCAGCGGCCUCGCAUCCUCGCAGGCAAAGAAGGGGUCGAUGCAGACUCGGCGGAAAACCGGAAUCUCAGGUCACACGAAAGGCUUCUGAUCACUGUGCUGUGGCGGCGGCUCUCCCUGUUCAGCCGUCGGGGCUCCUCGCGGUCAAACAAGAGGCAAUCAGUCCAGAAUCCAAAGCAGGCGUGUACGUGCCAGGAGUGCAACCGGGAGGGGAUCCAGGAGUAGCCGGAGAAGGGGUGACCCCAGCCCUGUUCUCAGUCCGCCCCAGCCUCCCUCCAGAGAAUAAAGUUUCUAACUUGUACCUGCCUGAGGCCUUCUGCCUCCAAGGCUCGCUUUGCGCGCACAGGGCGCGGGCACCACCAGUGCUGCGGGCUCUUUAAGGCUCCUCCCCCGAGGCUGGCCCAGCCCCUUGGGCCCGCAGCCCCCCUUCCUUGGGGGCGGGGCCACGGUUGCGGCCUAGCCAAUGGGAGAGCGGAGUUGCGUUUGCGUUUGGGAGGAGGGGCGUGUCUCUCGGGUCGCCGGGCUUGAAAAGGCGUGGCACCGCC